GUAGUCGCUGCUGUGCGGCCGCCGGCCGGAUUGGUCUGAAGAGACGCGGGGAGCAAGUGGCAGGGACUCGGACAUCUGAGCUGCCACUGCCGAAAACAGACCGCAAGAGAGCAUCUGCCCAAGCAACAACGAGGAGGUGUUUGCUUGGGAGUUAAAAGCAAGUGGCAACCAAAGCUCAGGACUAGGAGAGAAAAGAUAAUCAAUAUGCAUUUCCAAGCCUUUUGGCUAUGUUUGGGUCUUCUGUUCAUCUCAAUUAAUGCAGAAUUUAUGGAUGAUGAUGUUGAGAUGGAAGACUUUGAAGAAAAUUCAGAAGAAAUUGAUGUUAAUGAAGGUGAACUUUCCUCAGAGAUUAAAUAUAAGACACCUCAACCUAUAGGAGAAGUAUAUUUUGCAGAAACUUUUGAUAGUGGAAGGUUGGCUGGAUGGGUCUUAUCAAAAGCAAAGAAAGAUGACAUGGAUGAGGAAAUUUCUAUAUACGAUGGAAGAUGGGAAAUUGAGGAGUUGAAAGAAAACCAGGUACCUGGUGACAGAGGACUGGUAUUAAAAUCUAGAGCAAAGCAUCAUGCAAUAGCUGCUGUAUUAGCAAAACCCUUCAUUUUUGCUGAUAAACCCUUGAUAGUUCAAUAUGAAGUAAAUUUUCAAGAUGGUAUUGAUUGUGGAGGUGCAUACAUUAAACUCCUAGCAGACACUGACGAUUUGAUUCUGGAAAACUUUUAUGAUAAAACAUCCUAUAUCAUUAUGUUUGGACCAGAUAAAUGUGGAGAAGAUUAUAAACUUCAUUUUAUCUUCAGACAUAAACAUCCCAAAACUGGAGUUUUCGAAGAGAAACAUGCCAAAUCUCCAGAUGUAGACCUUAAAAAGUUCUUUACAGACAGGAAGACUCAUCUUUAUACCCUUGUGAUGAAACCAGAUGACACAUUUGAGGUGUUAGUUGAUCAAACAGUUGUAAACAAAGGAAGCCUCCUAGAGGAUGUGGUUCCUCCUAUCAACCCUCCCAAAGAAAUUGAAGAUCCCAAUGAUAAAAAACCUGAGGAAUGGGAUGAAAGAGCAAAAAUUCCUGAUCCUUCUGCCAUCAAACCAGAAGACUGGGAUGAAAGUGAACCUGCCCAAAUAGAAGAUUCAAGUGUUGUUAAACCUGCUGGCUGGCUUGAUGAUGAACCGAAAUUUAUCCCUGAUCCUAAUGCUGAAAAACCUGAUGACUGGAAUGAAGACAUGGAAGGAGAAUGGGAGGCACCUCAGAUUCUUAAUCCAGCAUGUCAGAUUGGGUGUGGUGAGUGGAAACCGCCCAUGAUAGAUAACCCAAAAUACAAAGGAGUAUGGAGACCUCCUCUGGUAGAUAAUCCUAACUACCAGGGAAUCUGGAGUCCUCGAAAAAUUCCUAAUCCAGAUUAUUUUGAAGAUGAUCAUCCAUUUCUUCUGACUUCUUUCAGUGCUCUUGGUUUAGAGCUUUGGUCUAUGACCUCUGAUAUCUACUUUGAUAAUUUUAUUAUCUGUUCAGAAAAGGAAGUAGCAGAUCACUGGGCUGCAGAUGGUUGGAGAUGGAAAAUAAUGAUAGCAAAUGCUAAUGAGCCUGGUGUAUUAAAACAGUUAAUGGCAGCUGCUGAAGGGCAUCCAUGGCUUUGGUUGAUUUAUCUUGUGACAGCAGGAGUGCCAAUAGCAUUAAUUACUUCAUUUUGUUGGCCAAGAAAAGUAAAGAAAAAAUAUAAAGAUACAGUGUAUAAAAAAACCGACAUAUGUAUACCACAAACAAAAGGAGUACUAGAGCAAGAAGGAAAGGAAGAGAAAGCAGCCCUGGAAAAAUCAAUGGACCUGGAAGAGGAAAAAAAGCAAAAUGAUGGUGAAAUGCUUGAAAAAGAAGAGGAAAGUGAACCUGAGGAAAAGAGUGAAGGAGAAAUCGAAAUCAAAGAAGGGCAAGAAGAACGUAAUAAAUCAAAUAAGUCUGGGUCAGAGGAUGAGAUGAAAGAAGCAGAUGAGAGCACAGGAUCUGGAGAUGGGCCCAUAAAGUCAGUACGCAAAAGAAGAGUACGAAAGGACUAAACUAGAUUGAAAUAUGUUUAAUUCUUGAGAGGGAUGUUUGGCAUUGUAAAAAUCAGCAUGCCAGACCUGAACUUUAAUCAGUCUGCACAUCCUGUUUCUAUAUCUAGCAACAUUAUAUUCUUUCAGACAUUUAUUUUAGUCCUUCAUUUCAGAGGGAAAAAAAAGCAACUUUGAAGUUACCUUGUCUUUGAAUUUAGAAUAAAAGUGGCACAUUACAUAUCGGAUCUAAGAGAUUAAUAUCAUUAGAGUUACACAGUUUUAGUUGUUUGGAGAUAGUUUUGGUUUGUACAGAACAAAAUAAUAUGUAGCAGCUUCAUUGCUAUUGGAAAAAUCAGUUAUUGGAAUUUCCACUUAAAUGGCUAUACAACAAUAUAACUGGUAGUUCUAUAAUAAAAAUGAGCAUGUGUUGUGUUGUACAGAGCUAAAUGCAAUAACGUUUCUGUAUGGUUGUUUGAUUCCAUCAACAA